UUUUUUGUGUGUCAAACGAGUUUUCCUGUGUUGACGUGACGACGCGCUUCUCGAAACAUACGGAAUUUUCUUCUCUUGCACUCAAAAAUCCACUUUCUCCACUAAAUAGUCCCCGAAAUCUAUUCUUUUAGUGCUAAAUAGUUGUAUCAAGUGUCCCCCCACAGUGAAUGAUCCACAGAAUGGCCCUAAACAGUCGACAUCAGAAAUUGGAACAGCAACGUCAGCUGAUGGAGGCAUACAUAAAGCAGAAGAGAGCGUCUCCGGGAAUGAUUCAGGCCAGCGACUUGCAGAUCUCGCGGCCAAUGUCCGGAGCACGUGGUAGUCGCGAGGCGCCAUUGGCAUACGAUGGACCCCUCCACUUCAUGACACACUCCACAAAUCCUGAUGAAAUUGUACCCUCAAAAACCACCCCAACCGGCAACGAAGACUUUAUCCAGGACAUCGAAGCGACGACGGGUCAUGAGGAUGAGGAUGAGGAGAGUACGCCAAUUGAACCCGUGGCAACGACGCCCACGAAGGGCAAAUAUGGAGAGCGUCACAGUGUGGGAAGUGUGAGGAAUUCAGCGACCCCGGUUUCGCCUGCCAAUAACACAAAGUCCCCACAGCCCAGCAAUGAGCUAGAGGGUGACGUUGUGGGGCAGGUGGAGCAUUGGGUAACGUCUCCAGCUCUCCAGGGUGUUCUCUAUAAAUGCCGCAUAACGCGGGAUCGUAAAGGCAUGGAUAGGGGACUCUUUCCCAUCUACUACCUGCAUCUGGAGAAAGAUUAUGGAAAGAAAGUGUUCCUAUUAGCCGGUCGAAAACGAAAAAAGAGCAAGACGUCCAACUACGUCAUCAGUUGCGAUCCAACGGAUCUUUCAAGGCAAGCUGAUGGUUUUGUUGGGAAGCUCCGAUCGAAUAUCUUCGGAACGACUUUUUUCGUUUAUGACAAUGGUAACAAAAUGAAUUCAGAUACUCCCAGGCAGGACUUGGCUGUUAUUAUCUACGAUACAAAUAUUUUGGGGUUCAAAGGACCAAGAAAUAUGACAGUUCUUCUGCCAGGAAUGACAGAAGAUGAUCAGCGUGUGCGAAUAAGUUCCUGUGAUACACACCAACAGGGCCUUCUAGAUAGUUGGAAGAAUAAGAAUACAGACAACAUUGUUGAGCUGCACAAUAAGACGCCAGUCUGGAAUGAUGAAACUCAGUCUUACGUGCUGAACUUUCAUGGACGCGUCACUCAGGCGUCCGUGAAGAAUUUCCAGCUCAUCCAUGACUCGGAUCCCGACUACAUCGUCAUGCAAUUUGGUCGGACGUCUGAGGAUGUUUUUACAAUGGAUUUCCGAUAUCCUCUGUGUGCUUUGCAAGCCUUUGCCAUUGCUCUGAGUAGCUUUGAUGGCAAGUUGGCGUGUGAAUAAGAUUCAGCCACAACUUGCAAAUCCAUUUUUCCGUGGGUUUUGGACAUUUCAGAAAGCUUUAAAUUUGAUGCCCAAAAUCAUACACACAAAAAAAAUUGAAUUCUCGUGAGAGAUAUAUUUUUGCUUGUCGGUGUGCUGUUUGGUUUUUUCUUUGCCGAGACAAAAGGUGUGAAAAUCAAAAGAAACCUAAUUUGUGUUGCCUUAAAUGGAGAAAAACAAGAAUCUAGAGGGAGAGAUUCGAAUAUCGUGUUUAUAGAGUUAAAAUUUGAAAUUUCUAGUCAAUGAAAAAAAUGCUCAAUCGAACAAGUUCUUUAGAAAUUUGAGCAUGAGAUUGUAGAGAAAUAAGGAGAAAUCUUGACAAAGUAAUUAUAAGAAGUGAGACAAUUUUAUCACAAAAAGAAACAUCAUGGAAUUUAAGAUUAUUCAUAUCAAAUUUUGUUUUUGGUAAUUACUAUGUAAGGAUAAUUUAUUGACACUAAUUUAUUGAUAUAAAAUGUGA